AUGGCAUUAUCUCAUUUGGUGGCUUCAGACUGUUUCCGGACAACGACGUAUGAGUAUAAAGGCCACCAGCAGACGACGAAGAAUGGAGAGACAUGUAUAAGAUGGGAUUCUUUUGGUCAUGAAUACAGUAAUCCUGAUAAAGUCACGGAAGCUACGACAUCUGAAGACGAAAAUUACUGUCGUGAUCCGGAUAGACAUGGUUAUCUCUGGUGCUAUGUGUCCUCAGAUCAUGACUGGGGAAAGUGCGACAUUGACAAAUGUGUUACUGUCGACGUGAACCAAUGUGGAAGUCUGAAGAUAGAACAGCCGACUAUAUUGAGCAGAAAUGUUACCUUUACUUUUACUCCGGAAACAACCUCAGACGCAGACAUGGUCUGGCAGCGGGCAAAUGAAAGAAAUUCAUGGAGUACACUUCCUAAACAUAAAAAGUUUACUCAAUAUUUUCAAGAUGGAACGUAUUACUUGGUUUUAACUGACGCUGCCAGAGGCUAUGACGAUGUAUUUUACCGUGUUGAUUAUAAGAACAAUAGCGUUAGCUGUUUAAUGGAGACUCCUAAACUUCAGCUUCAAGAUAUAUCAAGCUAUAAAUGUGGAUUUGUUUACCUAAGAACAACAAAAGUGAAAGAAGGCGAGAACGUAGAACUAGAAUAUUAUCCAUCGGAAUAUGUUAAUCAAUAUCCAGAACAAACUGUACGACAAUGGAUGCAUUCUGCAGUUCAACCUGUUUCAAUAACCUUGACGAAAGAUGUGUAUGAGGAAGAAAGGGAACCGAAUGAUAAAUAUGUGUUGACUAUUAUUAUGUUCAAUGAUCGAAUGAAUGGCCGAUACGGAGUUUACUGUGGCAGUGCAGCGGGCUAUUCAAAUAUGGUCAAAGUGAUAUUACCAGGUGCAACCGAUUUUAAUUUGAACAUUUCUUGUAAGGGGUGUAUUGUUGGUGAGGAUGGUGAUCACUUCAGUGUUCUCUGCAAGACAAGUGGUGGUACACAACCAAUAAAAGUCACCAUGUCAAUAGGAAAUGAAUCGCUAAGCCCGCAUCGAUAUAAUGAAACAGCGGGUAACAUGGCAUUCUUUACUCUUCUCAACAGACAUCAUAUGGCAAAUAUGACCUGCACAGUUAUGAACGAUGCAUUAACAUCGCCUUUUAUCAUCACUGCACAUGUGUAUGUUAUCAAGUCGCCUAUAUUCCAUUUGUUUAUGGUACCUGGGAUCUUAAAAGAAGGAGAAACCGUUAAUAUUACUUGCGUAGUAAAAAAUGGCAGGCCUGCUCCAAAAGUACGCAUGAAAGUUUCUGAUACUGAAGUACCGUCUGCUGUCCAGACGGAUUAUUUCAACACUUCCACCUCUUUAAACACUAAUGCUGUCACCAUGACAACAUUUGAGCCAAUCUGGAACAGGGAAAACAUCACAUGUUGUCGUUACAGUGAAUGGUACAAGAUCACCAGCGAGUGUUCCCCGCCAAAACAGGUCACAUUUUUGUAUUCGCCUGUUAUUGAAUUCAACAUAUCCGGUUCAGUUUUGAAUAUUUCUGAAGGAGAACGGGUAUACGUAAAGUGUUCAGUCAAAAGCUUGCGCACCUUCAACAUUUCGUGGAUGGAACAUACUGAUGGUGGAAACAUAUAUCAAAAGCACUGUCACAUGAAAACAGACUGCGUCAUAGUAAUUGAUGCGUAUCGUAUUUCACAACGGCAUUUGAAUUGCCAGACCCGUUAUUUACAAACAACGGAUAAAAAGACAUUGACUGUUAACAUUUAUGAGAAAGCUGAGCAACGUUUCAACAAACAGGAUACCUGUGGCUCUGGAGGCAACUCGUUUAUCUGGAUCAUUAUUAGUUCUUGUUUAACUGCUGUCCUCAUUGGUGUAUUCAUCGCAUGUCUAGUUGCAAUAAAGAAAAUGAAGACUACUAAAGCAAAAUGGGAAGAGAAUAAAAUGAGACGAAGUACAAGUGUUGGUGGAAGGAGGAACGAUGUAGAACUUGAAGACCGUGCGUAUGAAGACUUGAAUGCCAGGGAUGCAAGUGGGCAAUUAGAAACAACAUAUUCUCAACUCUCUCCAUAGACCCAACCGGAUGGAACCAGAAAGUAUUGCUCCAGCGAUAGCAAUAAAUACGUCAUGUGACUUGAAAAAAAGUAAAAAAAUAAUUGAUAUCCCUGUUUCACAUGCAGUUUGGGGAACAUGUCUUCAAACGAAAUAUUGUUCAAACUGUGGAAAUGGGUGUGAAAUUAAAAGGCACCUUUCCGGACAGAAAUAGUUAAAUAUUUAAAAUAUAUAGACCUGACCAUAGCUCAACAUUUCUUAAUUGAUUGAAGAACGCCAGUUUAACAUGCAUUUCGAUAAUGAAACUGUCCUAUUUAUUUACAGAACAUUGUAAAUACAACAUUUGUGAAUUUAUACUUUUGCUAAACCUUUCUCAUAAAACAAGUAGCCUAUGUUACAAAAACAAAAAUCGUGUCCAUUCUGUUGCUUUACGUAGAUUGAGGUACUCUGGAAAUGUCCAUAUUUUGAUAUGGCAAUACAAAGAAUGUAACGUUGUAAGUGUUCACGUUAAAACGUUUUUGCAAAUUUUACAAACCAAAUAUAAAAUUUUAAACAUGCAUAUUAACUUGUAGAGAUAUAUAGGAGUGUAUAGGAAUGCAUGUGCAAUUUGUAAAUCGCAUCCUCUGUGGUCUCUUGGGAUGAGCAUGUAGGAGUAGAAACGGUGAUUUGUUCUAAAUUAAAACCACAAACUGUUUUAUGUUUCACUUGACAAGCUUAAUUACGGUGAACACUUUACCCUUGUACCAUAUUGAGAGGAUUGAGGACACUUGUAAUGAGCACAGAAUAGAAAUUCUGUUCACACAAAUCCAUAGCGUAUUUUUACUUUAGACCUAUAAUGGUAAUACAUAUGAUGAUAUAUUCUAAAUUAUUAAAUUAAUUGCAUACUAUUAUACAUUUUAUCUUAAUGUGAUCAAAAUUACUAAAGAUCAUUUUUUCUGUACUGCCCCAUUAGGACUUUAUGCAUCUAAAUUGUUAAGUAAAUAACUAUAAGAAUCUGUUCGGGUUGCUCAGGG